AUGCGUUUGACGUUGGCUCUUCUGGUGCUGAUCACUCUGAUCGCCGUGGCCACCGAAGCCCAAAGGAAUCAGAAAAGGACGAGGGCCAGGAAUUUGGUUAGUGGAAGGGUUAAUGCCCGAAAUGGAAUCGCAAGAAGGCGAUCGCUGAAUGCUCGUAACUCCAAAAAGAAAUCGGUGAUUAUUAUUGGCAACGGCAGCAGUUCGUCCAGUAGCAGCUCCACUCCAGCAUCCCGCUGCAAAACCAGCACCACCAGUUGCUCUUCCAACUCCAAUGUCUGUGGCCGUUGGAGUAACACUCGCAGGUGCGAUAAGUUCAAGAACAGGUGCCUCAUGGAGCGGGCCAAUUGCCUAACGAAUGUGUCAAGCUGGAACGUUGUUAAUAUCGGCAACUGCACGAACAUAAGUGUCAAUAAUACUGGCACCUGUAAGAGCACCUUCUCCUCAUCAUCGUCGAGUUCAACUACCAAUUCUGCACUGGCCAACAUUCUUUCCAUCAUUCUGGGAUCAUCUUCAUCUUCAUCUAGGGUCACUCCCAUUAUUAUAAGAAGAGGUUAG